UCUUGAUUCCCUUUUCUUGUUGCUGGUUGAACUUGGUUUUCGGGGCGGGUACCAACAAUUCCUCUUGCUCUUAAUCUGUAUCUCAUAGUGGCUACUUUAACUAAGGACUUACAUAAAACUUGUUGUGCUCGAUUAUUGGACUUGUUUGAUACCUUUGGUUAAUUUGUAAGAAAAGAUCAUACUCCCUUACAUUACAAUGUAGUGUUUCUUGAUUUUGCCUGUAUAUUCGUGAAAAUAAUUAGGUUUGUUUCUUGAUAAAUGAAUAAUUGAAUGUUUUCCUAUUCCUCUUCGACCAUUCUAAUUACAGUUGUUGCAAUGAAGGUUCAGUUAUCUAAUUAUGUCGUGAACACCAGGAAAAAAGUCUUCUCGUUCUGCAUCAUUUAGAGAUAAAAAAAAUAAAAAAAAAAAGGAUUUGAGAAUUUCCCUCGGCCUCUAGAAAUAUCGAGUCAUGACUUGGGAUAUACUCACUCUCUUUUUCUCAACGCUACCUAGUUACUUGACUUCAGACAUGUGUUCAGCUCUUGUUUAUAAGGAAUUAUAUGCCAUUUUGUAAUGUAAAACAAAUGGACCUAUAUCCUUAUUUAGGGCAACUUUGGCUGUCACUUCCAACCCUUGUGGUUUCUAUGCUAACCGGCUAAAAUAGAGUCCAAGGUUUUAAUCCUAUCCUAUAUCUGGAUUUAGCAUGCUUAAAUGGUAGCCUGAAUUCUCAUGAUCUUGGUAUGCUACUCUCGUAAUCUAACACUUCGGUACUAUGGCUUCCGAUGCGGUCAUUCUCAGGGGAAGUUUUUAAGGUGCCAAAUUGUUUCUCAAGUUUCUGAUCUAUGCUAAUGGUACUGGGGCUCAUAAACAUUUGCUUCUUAUUGAGAGGCCCUGAUCAGUUACUUUUGUGGGCUGACACUGAUAAUUGGAAUUGACCAUCAACAAAGUCGAUGCACAAAUAUAAGACUCUCCACCACACUGUUACUGCUGCUGUGAUUGCCCAUUAACUUCACAUGGAUGUGUUUUUCCAGACUACUCUUGGUCACUACCCAGUGUAAUCCCACAAUAGUGGGGUCUGGGGAGGGUAAGAUGUACGCAGCCUUACCCCUACCUGGGUAGGGAGGCUGUUUCCGAUUGACCCUCGGCAACCCUCCUCCUUUAUCCGGGCUUGGGACCGGCAAUGUGAGCGAGCUCACACAGGCGGAGUUUUUUUCCAGACUACUCUUGAGAAAGUAAAAUAUUCUGGCACAUCAAGCCUCUAAAGUCUAAACUACUAUUACUGUAAAACAUGUAUGGACAAUAUUAAUUGAAAGCCAAUACUCUAAAGGAUAUUCUUUCAAGACGGAAAACCAACUACUCAACUUUGCAGGACAAUCGUUAACUCCGGCAGUCCUGUGAACCACAAAAUUACUGCAGAUUAUAUUCGAAAACUAGUUCCUACUCUUCUAGAAUGCUUUCGUCAGUUAUUUCUCGAUAUUCAACUUUCUUACCUUCUUCUUUGCUUCUUGCCCAAUUCGAGAACUUGCUUCACCAUCACUUUUAUCACUCCAAACCCUUAAAUUCCACUUCCUUUCCCAACUAUGAUGACCCAAAUUCAUCCCCACUUCUCAAUCUUCCCACCAGUUCAAUAAGUGCUUCCUUUGAACCCCUAAAUCCCACCAUCGUUCUAGAAACCCUCUCUUGUUACAACAAUGACUGGAGAAGAGCUUUAGAGUUCUUCAACUGGGCAGAGGCACAGUGUGGCUUUCAUCACACCAACCAAACUUGCAACCAGCUUAUUGACAUUCUGGGUAAGUUCUUUGAAUUUGAUGCAGCUUGGAAUUUGAUUGAGAAAAUGAGAAGUGUAUCGUCCAUGCCUGACCAUACCACUUUCCGGGUGUUGUUCAAACGUUAUGUGUCUGCUCACAUGGUUAAAGAAGCAAUUGAUACGUUUGAUAAGACGGAGGAAUUUAAUUUAAAAGAUCAAGUUUCAUUCUCAAAUCUAAUUGAUGCUUUAUGUGAGUAUAAGCAUGUAAUAGAGGCCGAAGACUUGUGCCUCCCUAAGAACAAGAAUGACGUGAAGUAUUCAUGUUUUAAGGUGGACACAAAAAUAUGUAAUAUGCUUCUUCGUGGGUGGUUCAAAAUGAGUUGGUGGGGUAAGUGUAGAGAGUUUUGGGAAGAGAUGGAUACAAGGGGUGUGCAAAAGGAUCUAUAUUCGUACUCUAUUUACAUGGAUGUACAGUGCAAGAGCGGAAAGCCAUGGAAAGCUGUAAAAUUAUACAAAGAAAUGAAGAAGAAGGGAAUUGACUUGGAUGUGAUCGCGUAUAAUACUGUCAUUCGUGCUAUUGGGAUUUCAGAUGGUGUUGAUGUAGCAGCUAAGCUAUGUCAAGAGAUGAUUGAGUUGGGGUGCAAACCAAAUGUUUCUACAUACAACACACUCAUUAAGCUCAUGUGUGAAAAUGGGCGGUACAGAGACGCAUAUAAAGUACUUAAUCAAAUGCCUAGCAAGGGUUGCGAGCCUAAUGUCAUUACAUACAACAGCUUUUUCGGAUGCCUUGAGAAGCCCAGAGAGAUUCUCAAGUUGUUUGAUAGAAUGGUCGAAAGCGGAGUGCGACCUAGGAUUGACACCUAUGUCAUGCUUAUGAGGAAAUUUGGAAGAUGGGGAUUUCUUCGACCAGUCUUUAUUCUUUGGGAAAAGAUGGAAAAACAGGGGUUGCGUCCGGAUGCGUCUGCUUAUAAUGCAUUAAUUGAUGCGUUGGUGCAAAAGGGUAUGGUUGAUAUGGCACGCAAAUAUGAUGAAGAGAUGUUAGCAAAGGACCUUUCAGCUAAGCCGAGGGUAGAACUGGGGACAAAGUUGACUAGUGCUGACUGUGGAGGCAGCUGAUGUUUUAUGGAUGCACGUGAGACAGUGGUCAAGAUGUAAAACCCCAUGAUAAACUUCAACAGUUCUUUGUCAUCCUUGUGCUUGGUGGCAGCAGAGCAUCUUCCAAACGUAUAAAAGGAUGUCUCAUCAAUUGGCAUUCUUUGAAGAUAUCAGAAUGCGUUUCAGUGAGCUACGUGUUUGUGGCUGGAUUGUAUCAGGUCUUCCGCAUUUAAAUCUGACAAUCCCUCCGUAAAGCUCAAGUCAUUUUGCCCUAUGCUGAACUGAAAGUUCAAGAAACAACAUGCACAGAGCAAAUUAGAAUGCUUAUUUGACCUUGCUGGAAAGAAAGAAUCAAACUGUGGUCUCUAUUUGUUGGGAUUCUUUUCAAUGCACGCACCUAUCUUAAAAGAUGGUGAAUGGUAGUGACACAGGUCUUGUUUCAGAUUAUGUGUGUUGAAUGUUGAUUGAGGACCUUGAAAGUCUUGUGCCAAUUUCAAAGGCACCGUGAGAUUCUAUUGUGAAGGAUAACAAGUAACCUCUUUUUUUCUUCAAAAAAACCAGAGGUUUUCUUUUGAACUCAACAAACUUGUAUUUAAAAAAAAAAAAAAAAAAAAAAAACUUGUAUUGUGCGUGUAUUCUAAGUUCUUCGUUGGUGAUCUGUUUUAAGAAAGAGUAUGCUA